CAGUUAAAUAGUGCGCCAUUGAUUACAGAUGAGACUAUUAAAGGUCCGUCUGAAAGGCCUUUAAACCCGACGCCAACUGUCGUUAACUUUUCGACUGAGAUCUCUCAAAAGUACAACACUACAAGCAAGGAGGUAAUAAUAAUUAUCAAAAAGGCUUUAAAGGUUGGAAUGCCUCUGCACUGCAUCAUUUCUAAGAACAUGUCAUUUAACUGGGUAGACCUUUUGCAUGAUGUUUACUACAUUAAAGUACGGGUAUUUGUAUUUUAUUUGCCACACAUAUCGCGAUGACAAUUACAAAAAGAUACAAAAAAUGUAGGAAGAAAUGGCGAGGAUGCCUAAAGGAAACUAUAAACCUUAUGUUAAUUAGGCCUCCUCAAUUACAAUUUUUCAAAGAUAGCAUAAAAAGUACGGCGACGGAUACAAAAUAUUAUUAGAUGGAAAAUUAAAAUAACAAUCAAUAUUAAGGAAGUUUACAAAUGUUGAAUUAAUUAAUCAGUUUUUUUCCAAGAUUUUUGUUGGAUUAAACGAAUAGUUACUACAAAUAAAUGCCUUAAGUGCUCUUUUAAAGGAAAAAGGGAAGGAAGCGUUGAUGAUGUGGGUGUUUAAGGUUUUAUAAAAUUUAAGUCCUUGAUAAAAUACCGAAAAUUGUUUGAUUUGAGUACGACAGAAAGGCAGACGAAAUUUACAAGAGUUUCUUGUAUUAUACGAAUGAAUUUGACUUUUUAAGUUAAAUUUACAAUGAAAUUUCAAAGGUGGAGUAUGGUUUUGAUAGAAGUACAUGAAUAAGUUUAGUUGUAUUAAGUAUAUAUCAUGUUCGUGCAUAGAAAGGGGUUUUAGCUGUAGUUCAGAUCACUCGUUUCUGUAAAAUCUCAAGACGAAUAGGGUAAUUAGUUCUGUAAGUAGAGGCCCAAACUUAGUUGUAGUAAAAAAGGUAUGGAUAGGCUAGAGAAAAAUACAAUGUUCGUAAAGUUUUCGUAGAUAAAUAGAAACUGGUUUAUUUACGAAUAAUUCCUAUUGAUUUAUAAACUUUAUUAGCGAGAUUAUUGAGAUUUCAGAUUUCCAAUUUAAAUUUUCACCCAUGAUUACUCCGAAGAAAAAUGUUUGUUUUACCUCGUAAUCAAUUUUUUGGCCAUUAAUUAAAAGCUGAAUAGUUUGAUUUGUACGUUUUUGGCAUGGUUUAAAUACAAUAAAUUUGUUUUUUUUCUCAAGUUUAAUGAAAGCCUGUUAGGUCUAAACCAACUUAACAACUUAUCUAGCUCAGCGUUCAGUGUAUUAGUCAAGCAGUUUUUUAUCCUUGUGAUUUCUACUCUACAUCGUUGAUGUAGAGCAGAAAAAAACAAAGGCCCUAGUAUUGAACCUUGGGGAACCACACUCAUGAUAUUAGCACGAGAGGAAACAUAACCAUUGUAUUCUACAAAAUGAAGUCUGUUGGAAAAAUAGCUCCUAAUCCAUUUCAGAGCCAAGCCACGUAUACCACAGUGUUCAAGUUUAUCAAAUAAGGUGGAAUGAUUGACGGUAUCGAAAGCUUUCGAGAGAUCUAACAAGACACCAACCGCUAAUUCAAAUACACUAAAUACAACUAGCAGUCAAAGCAGGACUUGAACCCGGGGCCCGCGAAUUGCAAGUCCAACGCUCUAGCCACUCGGCCAUGCACGCCGCCUGCUCCCAACAUAGAGCUGAAACCUAUUGUAGAAACACAAAGAUAAACACCUGGUAACAUUUGUGCCAUUUGUUGAGUUGGGAAUUUCCUCCCAAGUUUGAGCAUUUACCACGUCGCAUUAACAAAGCUAUCGAGAAAAAGUUACCACAGCUGUAUUAUUUAAAGUUCCUGAUUUGUUAUGAUUUAUGUUUUAUUCACAUCUGCGUCAUCAUGGCAACGUAAUGACGCCAUUACGAUUUUUUUCCUUGCUUUUGUAUUUCUCGGUACUAGAAUUGUUUUUCAUAAAUCUCUUAAGGGACCUUAUAUCCCUCUUCGCUGCCUCGAUCAGGGCAAAUUUAAACAAUUUCUAUGAGAGCGUUUUGGAAAUAUUUUGGAACGAAGUUUAAAGGGUCACAGAAAGAGUGAAUAACCAUACUAUCAACAUAAUGGGUAAUAUCUAAAGAAAAUGAAGCGGUCUGGAAAAACAGUUUCAUCUCAUAGUGGUUCGAUUCCAUUUGAAACUGUAAAAGAAAAAAGAGGGGUUCCUUUGGCCUAUUUUGAGAAAGAAGAAUUUGAUUAGCGUGCCGCAUUCAGUUGCGUUUGUUACCAUUGUUGAAUGCAAUUUGGUUCACGUCUACAAAUUUCACGGUAAUUUAGAAACCGCUCGAUAAUUUUUUUAAACAACUUUACAAUCCUGAGAUUAAUCUUUGAUUUAUAUUGCCUCCAGGUUUCAAGGACAUUAAAAACAACAAUAUCACAAAUUUUCCCCAGAUUUUGUGUUCACAAGUAAGCGUCCUCGACUCAUUAUUCACUAGCAUUGUUUUCAAGUUUCAUAUACACGUGGGCAACUUAGGAAGACAAAUAAUUUGCAUUCAAAAGGACCCUUCGUUUCAAAAUGUUUCCAGAACGCUCGUCACAGAAAUUCUUCCACCUUGCCACAUGUGAUCGAGGCAGUGAAUGGAGGAAUAAGCUCCCUUAAGCGAUUUCCGAAAAACCAAAAAACAUUCUGGUACAGAGAAAUACAAAGGCAAGUAGUAAUAAUAUUGUCACUCGACCGUUAAAGUGUAUAACUCCUUAAAAAUUGUUCUUAAACGGCAGAAAUUUUAGCUCUAACAAGAGAAACUUUUAGAGAUUUUUUCUUCCGGUAAGCAACAACUGGGGCAUUAGGAUAUGUUUGCGCGAGCGUGUCGUUGCCUGUAAUAAGGUGCCAGUGUUUCAUUAGAAUCUUUUUUUGAGAUUGGAGUAGCAGGGUUGAAAGUCGUAACGAAAGGCAAAAUCUUUUUUUAAGUUUUAGGUUUAUCUAGUAAAGCCGUUUUGCGUUAUUCGAAACAAACCUCGGCUAGGAUUGUUUCGACGAGUUCCUAAGGGUAACCUCGUUCUAUAACGGGAGUUAAGAAUUAUUUCUUCUUUAACGCGAUGAUUCCUUAACCGAGUUCGUUCGAAGUAAGCGUAAAGCUUCUCCUUUAACGCCCUUCUUAACACCGAGAGGGUGGCAUGAGGAGAAAUGCGUGUAUUGGAAUGUUUCUGUUGGCUUAAAAUGUGUCUGAACAUCAAGUAUUUUACCUUGAAUGAGUCAUGGUCCUUCAAAACUUCAGUGUCAAGGAAAACAAUAUGUUUUGAUGACAUUUCGUGUGUAAAUUUAAUGUUUGCUUGGAAAGAGUUCGCGAAGUCAAUACAAUUUUUAUUGAUUUCGGUUUCCGAAGUAGUCCACACCGAGAAUAUGUUAUCAAUAAAUCUUCUCCAUAGGAAUGGUUUGUAAGGACUUGCAUUUAAAAGUUGUUUCUCAAUGUGUGCCAUGAAAAUGACUGAGAAAGCAACCGCCAUCUUGGUGCCCAUUUCUAUGCCGACUGUCUGUAGGUAGUGUUUGUCGUUGAAUUUGAAAGAAUUUUCUGCUAGAAUCAGCCGCAUUAAGUCUCCCAAAAAUUAAGUAGGGAUAGGUAGAACAGGCUGAUAGUGUUCUUCGUAGAAGCGACAAACGAUUUCGAUUCCCUCUUCCUGGGGGAUGUUAGUGUACAGAGGACACACAUCCAGUGUAGCUAAAAUAGCUGCCUCUGCCGUGGGAGUGGCGUGUUUUUUAAUGAAGUUUAUAAAGUGCGUAGUAUCCUUGAUGUAAGACGCUUGUUUUUGAGCGAUCGGUUGUGGACGCGAAUCCACAAAACUAGAAAUGCGUUCUGUGGGACCACCACUACCAGCGACGAUAGGUCUGCUGACGGGAAUAGCUUUGUGUAUCUUGGUCAGCGAGUAGAAUUCCGGUAUUCGUGGUGGAUUUUGGCCUAAACUAAGCCACUUGUGAGUCAUUUUGUCAAUAAGCCCGUUUGUAAAAAGAGCGUUUAUAAUUGUUAUGACUUUAGUGGCUGUUUCGGAUACAACAGGUCGAGUAAGGGGUUUGUAGAAAUUCUCGUUAGAGACUUGUAAUAGCGUCAUUGCGUUGCCAAGGAAGGUGACUUCGAUGUUAAUAAAACAUAUAUAGAUCGUAACAAACUUUCAUCAUUAUACAAUACAGCUGUAGUGAUAUUUUUCCGAUAUCUUUGCUUAUGGUGACGUAGUAAAUACUCAAACUAGGGAGUUAUCCUCCCCAAAAAAUCCAGUCUAGUCACCUUAACCGUUUCAUUAACGGCAUAAAUCAUUCAACAACAAGGGUAUUUCGAAAGUCGUUUCUAAUGUUUCAAAUUUAACCCACAUGCAAACGAACCAAAGGCCACGUAGCUCUUCGCUCUCAUGAACUGUAUCGUGGUAUAUCCUAUAUUGUUUGUUAUUUCAUACUGUAGAAGUUAUUGUACUAAAAUCUACUUUUUUAAUGUCACUAUCAUUAUAGCCGGCGGAGCCCUCUAUUGAAAAAAUAAAAGCUAUCCUCACGGCCGACAACUGCGCUCAUAUAUAUUAUGACCAGGUAAUGUUUUUGAAGAAAUCACGUACGAAAUCUAUUCACUUAUCACCGAAAACAAGGCCAAAUGUUCUACUGUACUUUAGUAAGAAUCCAACAAGUGGUCUAUUAUCAAUGCUGCGUUCUGGUUGGUUGAGUUACUACCAGGCUAUAUGUUAUAGCCCACUAGUAGCGAAAAGCGCCGGCUUUGAAAACCAAAAGAGUGGCGGCUGAAUAGCGUUUUGCUAGCUAAAGUUGUUUUGUCUCGAUAUUUUACUAAAACAAUUAUUCCUCUCGCCCUCAUGGCCUCUGAGUCAAUAGCCCGUUCGGCCUUCGGCUUUAUGGGCUAUUGACUCAGAGCCCAUUCGGGCUCGGGGAAUAAUUGAUAGUUAUCGGAAGCAACUGUCUUUGGCCCUUGUGAAGUCCAAGGGAAAUGGGGGUGUGCAUUGGAAGGUUUUGUACCCCCUUUGUGAUAUCAUGGAUAUUUUGAAACAGUGACGAGGAAAAAAAAAACAUCUUAACAUUUCUUGACCAAGACGCGGAACAGACUCGUGAAGAAUUAGGGUCAAGAGUUAUGAAUGUAUGAAAAUCAAAUAUGUGAACUGCAAGGUGAAGAAUUAUAUGAAAGAUGAUCACCGCAGUUAAAGAGGUCCUCUAACUCUUGAGUUAGGGUCAAAUAACGUAGCGUUUUAUGACCCAAAACAGUUUUUCAGAUACUUCUUAUGCCUCAUGAAAAACUGAAAGAUUUUGGUAGUUGUAGUAAAAUAAAGUCAUAAUGAAAUUGCAAUUGUCGAUUUAUUGUUGUUUUUCAGGAAAAAGACGUCAUUGAAAUACAAAUAGCUGCUGCCACUAACAAACACCACAAAGUCCAAACGGACCUAGAGUUGGUCCUUCUUGGAGUAUCUGUUGUUGCAGUGAUCCUGUCUCUCAUAAUACUUACCAUUAUAAGGUACUAACUUAACGGACUUAAACUGAAAAAUGCGUCUCUUGUGUGUUUUUGUGAUCUUCACUAAAGGUUACUUUACACUUGAAAGUUUUCAACUGAUAUCCUUACGAAUAAUGAUUCUUAAAAAUACGCAACCUUCUAUAGCCAACGAAGACGGUCGCUUUUCAUCGCUAAAAGGACGCAAGAGACGUCCAUGCCAGCACGAAGAAUCCGUUGAAAGCACUGUGAAAAAAAUAGGGCUACUUACCAUUUUUUUUAUUCUUUCUAUAGGGUUAAAAGCAGCGAGAGAAUUUUCGUUCAUAAGAAUCUUCUCUUUUCUCUUGGACUUGGUAACCUCGUGUAUAUUUUGGAUAUCGCCUCAUUUUCGUCACGGAUGGAUCAUAUUGUAAGCUGUCUUAAGUUUUUAUGGUUUAAGUUCCUAAAGUCUACAAGCUAUGUGUUAGAUUAGUUGUCCCCUUUUGAUCUUAUCAGUAAUGUAAUGCAUAGUAAAAAUUCUUCACAACGGCAUUCUGUCCAUUGGAGACUAAUUUGAGGUCUGCAGCUCGCAGUUAUGCAGGUUUUGUGAAAUGCAACUCUAACAAUACGAGAGAUGGGAAGAGAAAGUUCGUUAGAAAGCAAGUUAAAGGUGAUUAACUCAUAAUCCUUACAAGAUCUUAUGAUUCACAGCAAGAAUAUAUUCAGAAUUUUUAAGGGUUUAUAUUGAAAAAUUAGCCUCCGUUGACAUAUUCAGCAUUAAACAACUAUAAAAUCACACUGUUGGGAGAAAAAAUCUGAAAUAUUUGGGAGGCCCACUAUUUGUUUAAUACUCUAUCAAUUUCGGGUAUUUUACGCUGGCAUCUCAACAUUUUUGCAUCAUACAGGUUUCCUUGAUCUCCAGUUGCAAAAAAGGACUAAUUGGUGGUUCAAUUGUUUGAGUUGGCAGGCAUUUUUUUUGUUAGUACGCAAGACUGAGAAACCCCCACAAACCCUUGUUUUCACUAAAACCGCUGGAAAAAAAAACCUCCCCUGGUCCUGGUUACAUUGUCACAUUCUGGAUAACCAGAUUGGCACCAGGCCCCAGUUGUUCAAAAGCUGGAUACCGCUAUCCAUCGGAUAUAUCACUAUCCAGUGGAUAAGUAUUUAUAGGGAAACCAAUUGCUCUAUACGCCUUUUGAACAACUGGGGCCUGAUCACAAUCAUAAUGAUUCCCAAAAAAAUAAUGACGAGUUUAUUUCUGGUAUAGGUGUCAUUUUUAGCUUAUAAUGUUUAUAAAAAAAAUAUUUAAGUAAAUGGAUAACAACCCUACGAAUCAGAUACUGGUCUUCUCAGUUUUUCUGUCAAGAUUAACGUGCACGUGGGUGAUGCUAGCUGUAUAGAGCCUUUUCACAUGACGUCACGUCCGCCAUGAACAAUCAAACGGCGUCCAUGUGGGUGUCCCUACCAUUCCUGUGGGAAUUUAACUCUUUUCACAUGUGACUGCUCUCUUGUGUCGCAAUAGGCUGGGGUCAUUUGCUUAACUGCUGGUCACGUGAGUGAAAACGCUCUAUUUACAUUACCAGGCCAGAAAUUUAAACAAUAUUGACUCAAUAUUGAAAUUUUGAUCAGUAUUAAGUAAUGCAUAUCUCUUUGAGUUGCGACUGAAUGAAAGUGUAUUACUCGGUCCAAUCGUCUCCCGAAAGAAAAACCAUUUAAUAACUAAAUAUUAAUUUAAUUAAAGAGGUGAAAAAAGAAUAAAUUUAAAGGAGGUUUUGUAUUUUAGGUCCUUUGUUGCUUGGUUACCGUGAUUCAGCACUAUCUUCACACAUCUCUGUUUACUUGGAUGCUGGUGGAAGGAAUCAAUCUUUACAUAGAGCUGGUUAAAGUCUUCUCAGUCAGAAAACAGUAUCUGUCUUACCUGAUGAUGGGAUGGGGUUCGUAUCUUUAUAUUUUUACGAUCAGACCAGAUAUGACAUGUUCAGUUUGCUUGAAUACGAGAUCCUUUGAUCAAGUGAUUUUGAUUAAGAGAAUUAUGUCAUAUUAUAUCGUCAUAAUAUUAUAACAUACUUGAUAUUCAAGUGAAAGGUUAAUCUAAAGAGAUUAAGAAAAUUACUGGGGAAGAACUAGGACUUUAUAUGUUUGCCACAAAACUUUAUAUCACGUGACCUAAGCCUACAUGUGACUUCACGCGGUUCUGUCGGUUACAAAAUACCACUGAAAGUAUUUCAAAGAAUUCAUAAAUGGAAGCAAUUUAUUGCAGGAUUGUUUCACCAGUUAUUAAAAUUUAGAUUUUAAGUGAUAUAGUUUGUAAAAUGUUCCCAGUAUAAAAUAUUGAAUGAACAAGAACAAGAAGAAGAGUAAUAAAUAGGAAAUACAAAGGUUUAUAAGAGUUGAUGAGUAUCUCACUGUCAAGUAUCUCACUGUCACUGUAAAUGCGAAUAAUUCUCCCUUGGUUAAUACAUACAUAUGUAUCUCGGAUUUAAUGAGUAGCAGUUAUGAUAAAAGAACGGAUUUUUUAAUCACAGUAGAUGUUGAAAAGAUUUUGUUUCACUCUUAAUAGAUGUAAGCAGCGAGGCUAAUUAUUAUUAUGUCAGUCUGAAUGAAGACAGAUAAAUCAACGCAAAAACUAUCUAAACUUGUUUGAAAAGGGAAGUUGUGUUAGUGACCAUUAACAUAAAUCAGCUUUGGGAUUUUCUUGUUUUUUUUUUCAAAUUUGUAAAGAAAUCAGUUAUAAUUCCAUAAACUCGAAGUUGCUAUGCAAUGGAAAGCUUCUAUCAUACACAAGUCUAAUUCUUUUCAAAUAUACCGUAGUUCAUACCAUAAUACCACAAUAUAAUAAAUGCCCUUUCCCCUAUAAAGACACAUUGCUGUUCGUCUAUUUGAGGGUAAAAUUAACUGUACAGACCUUCAGUGUAUAUUAAACAGAAAGUGGUUUUAUUGUCAUAAUUUAAGGAAUACCAGCAGUCAUCGUUGGCUUGGUGGCUGCUAUUCGUCCUUCAUCUUAUGACAUGGGGAAAAGUUUGUAUAAGAACAUUACAUGCGGAUCACGGAAAAUUGCCACGAAGAUCGAAAGAACCAGGUACACUGAUAUUACAUUGACAACCUUACUGUUACUGUAGUUUAAUGUCAUUAUAGUAAUAUAUCAUUUUUGGCCAUCUCAUUAUUCUCAAUUAUCAUCAUUAUCAUGCUCAUCAUCAUCGUCACCAACAUCAUCGACAUCGUCAUCAAUAUCAUCAACAACUACAACUCAAACACGACAUGAUCGUUAUCAUCCGGCGAGCAUCAUCAUUUUAAACGUUAUUAGCUCGCUUUAAAUUAUUCCUGUGUUUACAGGUGCUGGAUAAACGGAAGUCAGUGGAUUUACCAAGGUCCAGUUUUAGCAAUUCUCUUGGUGAGCACCAAUGAUUUCACAUGGCAUUCACGCAGCCGUUUCCCAAGGUUGAGGGUGAAAUUUGCUUUACAAGCUAAGAAUUAAACCCGUGGCCCUCCAACUAAACGGAAACACAUUGUAGUUCAAAUUGCAAUUUGUGGGUUUUGGAAGACAGAUAAGAUUCGAAGUACCCGAAGGGAAACCUCUCGAAGAAAACAAAAAGAACAAUGACAACAACAAAAUCAACCUUCGUAUGGUGUCCAACCGGGGGACUUAAAACCAGGCCUCAUUGGUGGAAGGUGGGGACUCUCACAACUACACCAGCCCUAGUGCUCCUUUGGGCCAUGAAGUCUAAGCUUACCACGUAUAUAUGCAGCAUACUCAGAAAUGGAUUGCCUAGACAGAGUUACGAAACCAGCUUUGGGUUCGAGGCCUGACAGCCACUACAAUAUGUAGUAUAAGACGAUGAAUGUUAGAGUUUAAAUUUUUUACCUCUCGCAGAUAAUCAACAUGGAUGAGGGUGCAAUACAAACCGAGAAGUGUGUCACUUGAAAAUUUUAUUGCUCAUUGAUACAAAAUUCAUCUUUUGACUCACAGCAGUUUACCUUCAAGCUUACUCAGUGCUGUUUAAUUACUGGUUACCUCCCUUCGGGAUUUCAUUUUAUGCCCUUUCGCCGGCAGUUCAACGACAUUAUUUUUUACAUUGCAGAUAAACUUGAUUCUGUUCGUGAUCAUUUUGAGAGUUGUAUUUGGUAAAAUAUCCAGCAAAUAUGGCAAAAAUAAAAUAGACGCUGCAAGGUAAGUUUACUUGUACAACUAUAAGAAGGCUCGAUACUAAAAUAUUUCUAAUAUUCCUGUAGGUUAAUUUACAACUACGGAAAAUAGCUAUUGAGAACACUUGAUAGAUUGCGCAAUUUAUAGUAACACGCUUUUGAAAAAUCGUGAAUGUCUCUUUAUAGGAGAGGCAUAAGAAGUACUCUUGCCCUGCUUCCCCUUCUUGGGGUCACGUGGUUGUUGGGAUACUUUGUUGAUUUCCACGAUGCCUUGAAGUAUGCUUUCAUUUUGGUGAACUCUUUAAUGGUAAGUACCGGUAAAGCUCCAUGGGUAAGUUUAAAUUAUUGAUGUAUUUAUCCCUAGAGUAGACCAAGUUCAGCUGCUCGUUAAUUUGCAGUCUUUUUGUAGAGAAGUAGAAAUAUCAUGACUUCUGCUAACCGAUAAGACUCAGGCUGAUGCUCAAGUGAUAAAGAAAUCAAGAAAGCUUCUUUUCCAAAAACUAGCGAGGCUGACAGAGAAUUUUUGUUGAGAGUUUGAAAACAGAAGUCCCCUUGCCAUACGUGCUGACUCAGUAUUUGUUUUUGAUCAUAGGGACUUGUUUUUUGCAUCUUCCAUUGUGUUUUGGAUGACCAGGUAAGAGGCAUGGUGAAUUCUCAGCCUUUUGCUAGUUUUCCUAUUGAACAGGUGAGCGACAAUCAGUUAAUGACAGUUGAAUUGCAUGACCAACUACAGUGGAACCUUGAUAUAACGAACUCUACAUAUCGAAGUCCUCGGUAUAACGAACAAUUUUCUUUACUCCAGCAAUAGUAACGUGUAUGAAAAAGAACCUUGAUAUAACGAAACAUCGAUAAAGAGAACAAAUUUUGCCAGUCUCCUGGCCCUUGGUUGAAUCGAGGUUACACUGUAAAUAUGAAUGUUCAUCACUCAAAUAUUUCUACACCAGGUUAGAGAGGCUCUGCGAGCACGUAAAGCCCGUAGAAGAAAACAGUCAGACCAGAAAACAGGAACAACGCCCGCCUCCAAUCCCACGACACCAACUGCCGACAAAAACAGUCGCAUUGACAAGUUUGUAUUUUCUGGUAAGGAAGAGAGUAUAAGGAAGAAAAAAAAAAAAGAAAAUGAAAGAAAGAGGAAAAAAAUAAGACGAGAAAAAAUUAGAGAAAUCAGUUGAAUGAUUUCAUUUUUUAUUUUUCAAUGCAUUCUUACAUGUAACGUUUUCUCUAUAACUCGGUGAGUAUAAACACACACGUAAAGAAGAAAGAGUUAGUUGAGGCCUUUAUGACAACUACUGUUUCAAAAAGUUUCUUUAAAACAUGCCUCAAAAGUGCCCAAAAAUGAGGGAAUACGUUUGAAAGAAACUGUGGCGCUACCUCGAUCGUUGGGGAGUGGAACAAAAAAAAAAUUAACUUAAUCAAAAACUAAUUCAAUAAAACCCUUAAGAAAAAGAUUCAAACGCUGAGAUUCCGAGCUCUAGCAUCUCAGCCGAGAGCAAACAGACUUGAGUCGAGAGAGUUCGCAUGUAGAUCUCCCUUGACAGAGAGACAACAUACUAAAAUUCGUUGCUUUUAUUCUGCAGGAAAGAGUAACGGAAAAGAGGAUGUGAUUAUGGUGAUAAGCGAAGGACAAGAUGAGUCCAGGAUCUGA